AUGACAUUCCCUCACCCAGAUACCAUGCCUGAACAGCAACUGUUAAAGCCAACCGAGUGGAGCUACUGUGACUACUUCUGGGCUGAUAAGAAGGAUCCCCAAGGCAAUGGCACGGUGGCUGGGUUCGAACUGCUGCGCCAAAAGCAACUGAAGGGCAAACAAAUGCAGAAAGAAAUGCCUGAAUUCCUCCGAGAGAGGAUAAAGAUUGAAGAAGAAUAUGCAAAGAACCUGGCUAAGCUCUUUCAGAACUCCUUGGCUGCACAGGAGGAAGGUUCCUUGGCCCAGGUGAAGAAGAGUCUGGCAGAUGAAGCAGAAGUUCAUCUCAAGUUCUCAGCCAAGCUUCACAGCGAGGUAGAGAAGCCCCUAAUGAACUUUCGUGAGAACUUCAAGAAAGACAUGAAAAAGUGUGACCACCAUAUCCCUGACCUCCGCAAGCAGCUCGCCAGCCGCCAUGCAUCGGUGGAGAAGGCCCGGAAAGCUCUCACAGAGCGGCAGAGAGACCUGGAGAUGAAGACCCAGCAGUUGGAAAUCAAGCUGAGCAACAAGACAGAGGAGGACAUCAAGAAGGCACGGAGAAAGUCCACACAGGCUGGUGAUGACCUCAUGCGCUGUGUGGACCUCUACAACCAGGCGCAGUCCGAGUGGUUUGAAGAGAUGGUGACCACCACUUUGGAGCUGGAGUGGCUGGAGGUGGAGAGGGUGGAGAUGAUCCGGCAACAUCUGUGUCAGUACACACAGCUGCGGCAUGAGACAGACAUGUUCAACCAAAGCACAGUCUAGCCUGUGGACCAACUGCUUCGAAAAGU